AUGGGAGAAAUAUCUGUCAUGUUUCCGAGGGAAUUGCUAGCGAUUGCCUUGUUGUUGAAUGCUGUCCGUUCAAACGACGUGCCUUGCGACAAGACCCGGACCAUCUUGUCCCAGGCUAGUGGAAUCAUCACUCAUGGUCCCCCGGGAACAAAUUACUCACAGAACACUCACUGCGAAUGGUUGAUCAAAGCGAAUAGUACAAAUCAGUUUAUUACUUUGGAGUUCAAGACACUAAAUACAGAAUGUUCUUAUGACUAUGUAUUCGUUUAUGAUGGAGAUUCUUUUAAUUCUCCCCUCCUUGGAAGUUAUAGUGGAAAGAAUCAACCUCAGUCGAUAUUAGCCUCAUCCGGUUUUAUGUUAAUAUUGUUAUUCAGUGACACAAAUUAUGCAUUAGAAGGUUUUGAAGCUUCCUAUUAUGUAUCUGAUUGCCCGAGAAAUUGUUCAAGUCAUGGAUUUUGCCUUCGAAAUUUUUGUGUAUGUGAUAACGAAUGGGGUGGACCUGACUGCGCAACUGAACUAUGUCCCGAUAAAUGUGGUGAACCUAACAGGGGUGUGUGCAAACAAGGUCGAUGCCAUUGCUUACAAAACUAUUCAGGAAUGGGUUGCACUUUGAAUAGUUCUGAUUCUACAGGGAAUAGAUGGCAUGAUUUGUAUCAGGGAGGCAUACAUCCGAGAGCUGCCCAUUCAGCUGUGUAUAUUUCUGAGGCUGAUUCUUUAUACAUUUUUGGUGGAUAUGAUUUAAACAAUAUUCUUGGUGAUCUUGUUGUCUUUCGGUUUAAUACUUCUAUGUGGUACGAUCGAAAUGAUAAUGUCAUAGAUCCUUUACACACAACCGUCAAUUCCAUUGGAUCAGCCACAAUAAAUGCUUUGAUGACUGCCAAGUUAGGAGACACAACAAUUGGAACAAAUCGAUCUAAAUACUCUUCUUUUGAUAAUACUAGUCGUGUAAAUGAACAUAGACGAAACAAAACGUGGUCAGCUGUAUUACAUGAUAUUUUUGUAUCACUAGCUGACGAUUCAACAUUCCUUGAACAUCAAAAUGAUAAUACACGUCAUUCGCCAUUUGAGUUUCCUAAUGAUGAAAAUAAUGAACAUGUAUUGAAUGAAAUUAAACAAAAACGAUUACCAGCCCCGCGCUUUGGUCAUGCAGCAACAAAGUACAACGGAGGAUUUCUCAUGUAUGGUGGUAGACUGAAAAAGGGUUUGUCAGGAGAACUAUGGUUUUAUAACAUAUAUACAAAAAAAUGGUUUUUACGUGCCCAACAUUCUACAGUAAUACCACCUGCUCUCACAAGACAUACUCUAACAUAUGUGGAACAUACAAAUACUAUUUAUUUAGUUGGUGGUAGUAAUAGCAAAGGAUAUUUUUCUUCUCAGAUAUUUUCUAUUCAACUCAAUACAGAUGAUGAGAACGAACAAUGGAAAGAAAUUAAACCAAGAGGCGGCAAAGAAUUAAAUUUUCGGGUUGCAGCUCAUUCGACAGUGUAUGAUAUUCGUUCUCAAUCUCUCAUUAUUUAUGGUGGAAUAGUGACAAGUGCAUCAUGGUUUUCAAAACUUAGUGAUCGUAUGUUUAUUUUUAAUAUACCGACACAGCAUUGGUCUGAAAUAAAAUAUCCACCAUCAAAUGUACCCACCGAACGAGCUUUUCACUCUGCAAAUAUAAUGGGAAAUUACAUUGUUGUUUUUGGAGGAUAUACACAUAGACAUGCCAAGGAAGAAAUUUGUUAUGACAAUGAAAUAUAUCUGUAUCAUCUUGGUUGUAAUACAUGGCUUAGUCGAGAUGUCCUUGGGUUAUCUAACAAAGAGUUCACUCAUAAGAAAAUGUUUGGUGUAUUUGGACACGGGUCUGAUGUCCGUAACAGAAACACAUUAAUUAUUGUUGGUGGAUACCGAGGAAACAUAAACUCAGAUUUGUUAGCGUUUGUUUUACCACCAACAUUAGUUCCUACAGGAAACGAUUCCUAUCAUUUAGAACUGAUGUGCUUAAGACACAAAGGUCUUCAAGAGUGUACAGCAAAUCCUGAAUGUGGGUGGUGUUCUUCUGACGAUACUUGUUAUGGACGCAACGGGGGUAUAAAUUGUACAACCAAUUUACAAACAACCAGAUGCCCGGGUAUCUGUUCUGCUUUAACUGAUUGUCAUUCGUGUUUAAUUCAUGGGGAAAGUACUCCUUUCAGCAAUAAUCAAUCAACCACUUCAGUUGCCCAUAUAAUGCAAUUGGGUCGAUGUGUUUGGUGCAUACAAGAUGGUCGAUGUCAUCAUAAAAAUGAUAAUUAUGAGGUGUGUGGUCUACAUAACAAUAAUUUUAAUGGCGGAGGAAUAGAAGUUGCUUAUCCAGACAAUUGCAGAGCGUUAGAUAGAAGAUCAGGGUUGACUUUUUUCAAAUAUUUACAUCCUGCAAAUUUUUCACAGCCAGAUCUAGUAUCAGUAGUUAAUACAAGUAUCAUUGAUGUUUCAACCCAUUUACCAAUGUCAAGAGCUGAUCUAUCAAUUGGUGGUACAAUGGUUGUAAGGCUUUCUGGAUUUUUGCGAUUUCCUCAGAUGUGGGACAAUCAUAAAGACCAACUGCAAUUAUGCUCUCGAUUUACAAAUACACGACUUAUAAUGACAUCUCCAUAUAUGUACCAACCAGAAAUCAAUAUAACAUUGAAAGCUGAUGGUUGGCAAUGUUUACAACUUUCAUCGUGGUCUACUGAAGAUCAACCAUUUCAUGCUCCUGAACGAUACUUAUUAGAUUUAACUACUCAUAAAAAUAUAACUUAUUCUCAAAACACUGGUACCUCUAUUGUAGAAUUACAACACAAUAAGGGUCAUAAUAAUUCAAAGCCUUUUACAAUGGAUUAUCUUGAACCAUAUCAUAGCAGAGACAGCUCAAUAUGUACUGGCUAUCAAAGUUGUCUCAUAUGUGUUAGUGAUGCUAAUUGUGCAUGGUGUGAAUUAAAAUCAGUUUGCACCACAAGAAAUCAAACAGAUUCAGUUUUUUGCCAUAAUAAUAAUAAUAUUAAUGAAUGGAAAUAUCUUGUUAUAUCACCUCAACUAUGUCCAAACUGUUCUAAUCAUGUGGAUUGUGUUGACUGUAUUCAAAGUGGAUAUUGUGAAUGGUGGAGUCAAGAAGCCAAAUGUGAGCGACGUGGAAGAUUACCUGACGGAGUGAUAUCUAUUGAUUCAUGCCCUGUCCCAUGUUCAAAUAGACACUCCUGUUCUGAUUGCUUGGACAAUGGUCGAUGUGUUUGGUGCCGAGCAACAAAUGAAUGUUUCCAUUUUUCCGAAUAUACAUCCGAAUAUCAAUUUGGACGAUGUCGAGAAUGGAUUGACCGAAGUGUUCAUUAUUAUGGAUCAGGACAGAUGCAAAUAGAUAAACCUAACUUAGCAUGUACCUCAUGCGAGAAAAGUAUGAAUUGUUCUAGUUGUCUAAAAACUCUUGGUUGUGGAUGGUGUUAUGACAGUGGUAACCCAAUCCAAGGGAUUUGUACAGGAGGUGAUUUUAGUAAACCAUUUAUAGGAACUUGUUCCUACAUAAUGAACAACAAUACUUAUGAAGAAGACUCAAGUUGGGCAUAUGCGCAAUGUCCAGAUGUUGAUGAAUGUGGUCUGGGGCUACAUGAUUGCCAUAAAGAAGCCAAAUGUACCAAUACUCAAGGUUCAUAUAGCUGUCAGUGCAAACGAGGUUUUAUAGGCGAUGGAAAACAUUCAUGUACAAGAACGUGCUAUCAUAAAUGUCUAAAUGGAUAUUGUAUUGGAGCACCUGACUAUACAUGUAAAUGUGAUCUCGGAUGGACUGGAGCUGAUUGUGCAAUUAACUGUGGGUGUAAUAAUCAUUCAACCUGCAACGAACGACCUGGUACAUGUGACCAGUGUCAAGAUUGGACCACUGGGCAGUUUUGCGAAUAUUGCAAAGCUGGAAGUUAUGGUAAUGCAACAUCGAUAGAAGGAUGCCAUAAAUGUGAUUGCAAUGAUCAUGGUGAUGAACAACUUGGUAUUUGUGAUUCUAAUUCGGGUAAAUGUUAUUGUAAACAUUAUACUGAAGGAGAUAAUUGUCAAUUUUGCAAAAAAGGAUUUUUUGGAGAUCCAAAAAAUGGAAAUGUUUGUUAUCACCAAUGUAUGGCCAGAGGUAUUUUAUCUGGUAUGGGCCCUCAAGGGUUUGGAUCAAAAUCUGUGGAGAUUAGUGCUUGGGAAACACGUUUAGAAGGUCCACCAUCGAAAGAAUGUCUCUGGAUAAUUGAUCCUGAAAACAUGCGAAAUAAUUCAACUGCCAUUGGAUCUUAUGUGAUACAGUUAACAAUCGAUAAUGAUAUAAAUGUCCCAUGUGGUAUGAACAGUGUUUAUGUGUAUGAUGGACUACCAAAUUUUGUGUCUAUGUCUAGAACACACCCAGCUCAUUCUCUUGGUGUAUUUUGUACUAGAGAUUCUCAGUAUCCUUUAACCAUAGAAGGGGUUACUGGUGUGAUGACUGUUUAUUACAAACAAUCUGAACCUACUGAAGGGUUUAAUGCUACGUACGUAGUGUUUAGCUGUCCAGAUUUCUGCCCCCCAACCCGAGUAUGUCAUCAUAACCGUUGUGUAUGUCAAAAAGGAAGUACUGGAGUACUUUGUCAAGACUUAAUAUGUCCAAAUGAUUGUAAUCAUGCCAAAGGCCAUGGAAAAUGUGAUCAUGAAUAUGGUCGCUGUAUUUGUGAUAGUAUUUAUGAAGGAGAAGAUUGUUCAAUUUCAGUUCCUAUAUCUAGUCAUUUGCGGCAACCACUUAUAUUUACGGAUCUAUUUAACUCAGCGCACGUAUCAGAAAAUUUAGAUCACUUGCGUCAAACAUUGCCUCGAUUCGGACAUUCAGUGGUUGCAACAAGGCGUGGUCAGUUGUGGUUAUUCGGUGGUUAUUCAUUAUCACAUGGUCCUUUAAAUGAUAUUCGUUUGUUUGACUCUAAAAACAAUUCUUGGAUGCAAGUCACAGUAGAUGGUACAAAUGACGCUCAUAUGCCAAAUGGGAGGUAUUUCCAUGCAGCUGAAAUAGUACAUUCUCGAAGGGAAAUAUAUGUGUAUGGUGGUCUAACACAAAUUCAAACUCCUUACGGUCGUUCUACAAAAUAUUCAAUGAAGAUUUUAUCAGACUUUUGGAAAUUCAGUUUAAAGGAUCAAAGAUGGAUAGGCAUACAAACAGAAUUAGAUCCACCGCCAUUGGCCGGCCAUACUCUCACAUUACGAUCUGUUGGUGAAAAAGAAAGUCUUAUAUUAAUUGGAGGUUUUAGUCCAGAUAUGGGUUUCCUUGAAGAUGUAUGGGAGUUUGAUAUGCAAACAGAAGUUUGGAAAAAGUUUAAAACAAGUGGUUAUGGACCAGCUGGUAUUUAUGGACAUAGUACAGUAUACCAUGGUCUAACCGAUAGUUUGUAUGUAUUUGGUGGAUAUAUUUACUCUGUUAAUCAAACAAUAAUGACAGAUAAAUUAUUCGCACUUAACUAUGAAUUACAAAUAUGGACUAUUCUACCUAUUUUCAAAGACUAUAAUCCACCAAAAAAUAGCCUACCAAGGGGGCGAUUUUUACAUUCAGCUAUCACAACAGAUGAAUAUAUGUUUGUUUUUGGUGGAAGGACUGAUCCACCUAGUACAAAUGAUACUCUUAUUGCUUACUCAUAUGCAUGUAACCAGUGGAUACGUUUAUUAACUCCAGAUAUAUUUAUUAUUGGUUUGCCGCCACCACCUACUCAUGCUCAUGCAAUGACAUUAGACAUGGAAACAAAGUCUAUGUACAUUCUUGGUGGUUUUGCUGGCGAUAUACAAUCUCGUGUAACACGGAUUCAAUUACCACAGGACCUUUGUAAUCUGUGGUCUGGUAAACGAGAUAAAUGCAGAUCUCUGGUUGGAUGUUCAUUUUGUCAAGUGAUAGGAACAAAUGUCAGUUACUGUUUUACUCAUCUUGGCCCAGGCUUUAAUCCCUGUGUUUCGACAAAUGGUACAUCACGAACAAAUAAUGGAGUGUCUUGUAAUUCAAAUUGGAUAUCUAGUCGAUCUUGUGAACAGUACACAACAUGUACUGAUUGUUUAGCUACAUGGCCUAAUAAUCAUUAUGAAAACUCAAAUGUUUGUUCAUGGUGUGCAAAUUGUGGUACUAAAGGACAGUGUGUUAAAGAUGCUUCAAGCUGUGAUAAUCAAUGUAAAACAGUGACAAAAGUAGAAAUGUGUCCAAAUAUUCAAUGUAUGGCAACUAAUUGUGAAAAAUGUCAUCAACAAGGAAAUUGUUUAUGGACUAGGCAAAUGCAUGCAUCUGAGUUUGAAACUCUUUCAAAUAGUGGGUCAUUGAAUGAUUGGAGUUGUUCUAGUCUAGAUCUCAGUCAACGAUCAAAUAUCAAAAUAAAAAACACUUCCAUUUGUCCAGAACGCUGUUCUGCUCACAAAUCUUGUGAAACAUGUUUAUCAUCUCAAGGUGGAGAAGGAGGAUGGCAUGAAUGUCGCUGGUCAAUUACAUUAAACGAGUGCAUAUCACCUAGUUAUCAACCACUAUACUGUGCUGGGGGUGUUUGUGGACUUGUUCUUAGUGGUGGUAACAUAGAUCGUUGUCCUCAACCUUGUUCUAGCUAUAUUCAAUGUUCCACGUGUCUCCGCCAUACCCAUUGUGGAUGGUGUGCUUUAGAUGUAUUGAACAAAACUGGACAGGGAAUAUGUACGGAAGGUUAUAUGUCUAGUCCAGCUUCUGGCCCUAACCAUUCAUGUCAGGAAUUACUUCAACACUUAAAUACUGAACCUAAAAUGGCAGCUUAUCAAAACUUAGAAUCUCAUGAUUUCAUUUACGGAAUAGAUGAUGCACUUUCACCAUCAACAGAUGUAGCUUUAUUAAAUAAAGAAUUAACUUUGAAUGAUUCAGUAGCAUGGUAUUACAUAACUUGUCCACCCGAAAAUGAAUGUGUAAAUGGUCAUCAUAGUUGCAAUUCAGAAAGUGAAGAAUGUGUUGAUCUUGCUGAUGGUUUUCAUUGUGUAUGUGGCAAUGGUUAUCAACCUGAUGAUAAUUCUCAAUGUAUUCCGAUUUGUACUCAAGGCUGCGUUAGAGGUGAAUGCAUAAAACCAGAUGUCUGUCGCUGUGGUUUUGGUUAUGUUGGUUCCAAUUGUACAAUACAAUGUGAAUGUAAUGGACACUCUGAUUGUGCUGGUCCUGAUCGAUUAACAGAAUGCUUGAGUUGCAAAAACAACACUCAAGGGUCUCAAUGUCAACGGUGUAAACUAUUUUAUGUUGGUAACCCAGUGGAUCAUGGCCAAUGUAUACCAUGCUCAGAUUAUUGUAAUGGACAUGCUCAAGUAUGUGUUGAAAAAUACGAUAAUGAACCAUUUGAUGCUCUAAGUAUUUUAAAUGAUCCUAAUACUAAUCUUAUGCAAAAUGAUGGACCUCUUUCUGAUGCAUAUUGCAUUAAUUGUAUGGACAACACAACCGGUCCUACAUGUUCGGGUUGUUUAUCUGGCCAUUUUCGAGGUUCUAGUGAUAAUCGAGAUCCUUGUAGACCAUGUGAAUGUCAUGGUCAUGGGAGUACAUGUGAUCCAAUUACUGGAGAAAAAUGUGAUUGUCAAAACAAUACUGAAAGUGACACAAACUGUCAGUCAGGGGGCGUACCUCAUCAUCGAACAUUAAAAAAUACUGUUCAGCUGUGUUGGAUGCAACAGUGUUCAAAGUGCAGAGAAUCAUAUAUGGGUACACCAACUGAUGGCCAUCAGUGUUACAAACAAAUGAGUGUAGACUUAAGGUUUUGCCUUGAUGCCAAACUGCUUGAUGAGUGUAAAACAAAACCUAAUCCGCUUUACCCAGGACAAACGUCGUUUUUCGUUGUUCAACCACGUUUUAUGAAUGUCGAUAUCAGAAUCACUGUUGACAUAACACAAGGCGCUGUCGAUUUCUUCUUAACAUCACAUGAGGAUAUUUUCAUAGUUACUAAAAAUAAGUCACUUAAUAGAAAUGUUUUUGAUUUUGAUCCAAGGUUUGAGUGGUUUAGUGAAAUGGAAACGAUUGAACGUGUGAGUAGUAGCUCAAAUUCUUCAAAAGGUAGACAUUUAUUUACAUAUCAAGAGCACAAAACCAAAGGUUUGUCUACAUACGUAACAUUGAAAAAGAGUAUGUCCCUGCUAAUGGUGAAAAAUGUCAACAAUAGAUUGAUCAUUACACUUCCACAUGACAAACAUGACCUAUCAGCAACAAGAUAUUACAUGGCGUUGUUAGCGAUCUCAUCGUUACCUGCUCAAGCCACUCAUUUAGUACCUGUCCCAACUUAUGGAACAGUGUUUUUUAGACAAGACCAACUUCAUAUUGAUCUCUUUGUGUUUUUCUCUGUAUUUUUCUCGUGUUUCUUUUUGUUUCUUGCUGUAUGCGUUGUUGGAUGGAAAGCAAAACAAGCAGCUGACAUGCGACGCGCUCGUCGCCAGCAGGUCGUGGAGAUGUUGCACAUGGCCAAGAGACCGUUCGCUUUUGUGGCCAUCGUUCUGAACUGCAGCACGCCCCAGCAGCAGCCGGAGACUAACAACAGCCAGGUGACCAGGUUUGGUGACAUCAGGCCGUUGGCGAUAGAACCAACCAGCGACGCAAACGCGGCAGUCACUACGCUGCUGAUAAAGCUGCCAGACCGUGGCCAACAGUCGGCGGGCACGAGGCUAGCGCUCGGCUCCACGUUGGUGUUAAACAUGCUUAACCCGAGAGGUGGUUAUUCUUCCAACACGCACCGACACCACCACCAUCACCACCACCACCAUCACAACAACACUGCUGGUCCUAGACAAAGGAGGAACGCUCCCCAGUGA